AUGUCGGACGCCGGCGAUGAGGAACAGAGCUCACUGGUGACUUCUCCUAAAGACACCGACUCCGAGCCAAUCAAAGGCAAGAAGAUCUUCUUUGCACCAACUGGCAAUGAAGAAACCUUCAUUGAUCACGAUUGUACCCUUGACGACAAAGGAUAUCCACUUUAUCCCAAUCGCCGGACCAUCUUCGUCAAAACUCCUGAGAUGACAAUCCAAAACUUUGGAUCGGUAGGAUUCCCCAAGACCAGCAAUGUCAAAUGGCGAGCCGAUAAGUCAUGGAAAAUGAAUCGGAUCUUCUGCCUUGGCGCAAUGCUCUGUAGUGAGCCGGGAUGCCAGUGGGUUGGAUCGCCACCAACCGGCAAGAAUGCAAUAGCUGAUUACUUAGCAAGCGAUCCCAAGUGCCCCGGUGCAGCUAGGAAAUGCCCUGGAAAAGUGGCACACCAGGCAUGCAAGAACACUAUCACUCGCCCCAAAGAAGCCGGAUCCCUUAUCAAAGCUCAAGCUGAAAAGGGAAGUAAUGAAGAAUCCAUCUGCUGGGGCCUUCAAGCUCAAACUCGAUGGCAUCUAUUUCAGUUAGGCAAGCCGACCACACCGUUGAACCCUUUCGAAAGUGUCACCAAGAUCCACGAGGCAUUUGUGAACAGUGAUCGCCUGCGAUAUCAUCGGCGUCGUAUCCUCACGGACCUUGGUAUUAACCCAGAGAAGGGGGGCACUGGUUUAGGCGACAAAUUCCUACAUGACAUGUUCCAAUGGAACCAUGUGGGGCUUCUCAUCAUUUCCUCUUCUUUCAAACCGGGGAUCGAGCAUUUUACGUUCCAAACGAAGUGGAUGGGAGAGCAAUUGAUCCGCCGCGAUCACAACAACAAAGUUUACAGUGGGGGCCUUCUAUCGGACGUCACCUACAGGCUUUUUGAGACUGGCUACUUACUCUCAACAUCGAUGUUCUGUGAACAGACGGCUCGCUGGAUACCUGUUCAGCUCUCGUGGAUCCGAGGACUAAGCGCAGAAUGUUACGAAGUCCAUUUCGCUACGCUCUUUGAACAGUUCUAUCGCCCCUCAUUCACCGUAUCCAAUCGCGAGACACUUGUUCGGCAGGUCGUCGAUUUUUCCUUAGCACAGAGGGAGGGAUUCAUCGCUGCUUACAUGAAGGUUUUUGGAGUUACCGAUCGUCAACAGGCCCUUGCGAAGUUGAAGGGGUGCCACGAGCAUUUUCGAGCUCAGGUCACCCGCGUCAAACGCAAUCGGGCGGUGGUUCCACCCGAUCAAGAAGCCCAAUUCCAAAAACUCUGCCUGGGUCUUCUGCUUUUGCCGGAGCCUGGAAAGCCAACUCACGAGCAAAAGAUAGACGAACUGAGACGCCUCUUCCCCAAGACAAAACGAUGGAUUGAUUGGUGGACAAUGGUCGAUGUGGAGGCUAUGCUGUUUCCAUCUAAACGGGCGAUGAUCUCUGAAUCGGCGAAUAAUCAAGACAACCUUCCGGAUACCACCAAUGCCCAAGAGAGCAUGCAUAGGCUCUAUUACAUGAUAAGUGACGGCAAGAAAUGCCUGAUGGUUGGUAUGGCCAAACUGUUUGCUUUUGUGAAACAAGCCGAAGGCCGAGCCAAAUGA